AUGACUCAGGCUGGUUCCACUCGUCGUCUCCAACUAUCUGAAUUGGAGGAGUUGUGCAAUGAUGCCUAUGAGAGCUCAUGCAUCUAUAAGGACCGAACUAAGGCGUUUCAUGAUAAACACAUAGUUCAGAAGUCCUUUGUGCCUAAUCAGCGUGUUUGGCUCUUUAAUUCUAAAUUGCGUUUAUUCCCAGGGAAAUUGAGAUCUCGGUGGGAUGGGCCUUUUGUGGUUGUUUCUGUUGCACCUCAUGGUGCUAUUGAGAUCAUGAAUCCACAGAACGGGAAAACCUUCAAGAUUAACGGUCAAAGACUGAAACCCUCUGUUGAUGGCCUUACUGAUGGCCAAUUAAUUGAGUCUUUAGACCUAGUGGAUGUAGACUAUGAUUAUGCUUCUAAUGGACUACCCUGA